UACCGCUCUAGUUCUAGUAACCGGGUGAUUUUCCAGCUCCCACAUCGGUGAGCAGCGUCUGAGGAGACCCACAGCUAAGUUUAACGUUAUUGUUGGAUUUUUUCAUAAGUCAAAAUGGCCAAGAAGAGAAGCGGAGUCCGCGAAACAGAAGGCGCUGCCCUGUUAGAGGAAGAGUCGACGGUUAAAGACACUCAGUCCCUGAAAGGAGGUCAGCAGUACUCUGGUGGAGGUUCUGCCCGCAUGUCUCUCCUUAUAUUGCUGUCCAUCUUUGCAUGUUCUGCCUCAGUUAUGUAUCUGGUUUAUAGAAAUUUCCCUGAGCUGAGCGAAGAUGAGAGAAAGACGAUAAAAAUCCCAAAAGAUAUGGAUGACGCUAAGGCAUUGGGUACAGUGCUUUCCAAAUAUAAGGACACUUAUUAUACCCAAGUGCUGAUAGCUUAUUUUGCUACAUAUAUCUUCCUCCAGACAUUUGCAAUUCCAGGUUCAAUUUUCCUCAGUAUACUCUCUGGCUAUCUCUAUCCCUUCCCCCUAGCCUUGUUCCUGGUAUGCCUGUGUUCAGGCCUUGGAGCUUCCUUCUGCUAUAUGUUGUCUUAUUUAGUUGGCAGACCGGUGGUCUACAAAUACCUCACAGAGAGAGCCCAGAAGUGGUCUCAACAGGUAGAUAAGCACAGAGAACAUCUGAUCAAUUAUAUAAUUUUUCUGAGAAUCACCCCAUUCCUCCCCAACUGGUUUAUCAACAUAACUUCCCCGGUCAUUAACGUGCCUCUAGGAGUCUUCUUCAUUGGUACAUUUCUUGGGGUAGCUCCUCCAUCUUUUGUAGCAAUUAAUGCUGGUACGACGCUAUACAAACUGACAACAGCAGGAGAAGCAGUGUCCUGGAACUCUUUGGCAGUUUUGGGUGUCUUAGCUGUUCUCUCCAUCCUCCCGGUGUGCUUCCAGAAGAAGUUGCAGCAGAAACUGGAAUGAAGCUCCCACAAGUCUGCUUCAUUCUGCUUUCUCCUCAUCGUCACACUGCGAGCCCUUCCUUGUCCACAUGGUGAAAUGGCUCAGAACUGUCAAAGCUCUGAUUUGGCCCACAUUCACCAUCUUUCCCUCAGUUUUCUUUUUUGUCCUUGCAGAUUGCAGAUGAUACAGGGUUUUUUCUCUUUUUUUCUUUUUUACAUUUUUCUGCAUAUUUUUAAUAACCCUGGAUACUAAUUGCUGGCCUCAUAUUAAUAUCAGUGGUUUUUAUCUUUUCAACAUUUCCCAAUUUUUUCUCAUAACUGUAAAGCAAUACUUUUGUGGUGUUUUAGGGUGUGUUGCCUUGACAACGCAAAGUACAUUCAUUUUCUUAGUUCUGUGUUAUACACUGGUGAGAUAAUGAACUUUUUUAGAUACAACACAUCCUUCAGUAUAUGUUAUAAAACAGGAAUGUGCCAUCAGCAUGCUCUUUCACCCUACAGUUUGGAUGUUAGAUACUAUUUUAUCUGGAGCCUUAACAUAGGAGAAUGGGCAUUAUGGGCUUCCUGAAGCCUUCAGGGUGGUCUUGGUUUUAGGACUGGAUGAUGAUACUCCAAACAGUCUAAUGCUGUGCCAGCUUAAUGUCCUAUGUACUGCUGCCAACUAUAUGUAGGAGGUGCUCCUGACACUUUUAUCCUAGAUUUUUCUGCACUGCCAUUGCAUAUUGUUGGACAGAAAUGAGACAUGGAGAGUUGUGUUUAUGAAGAUGCCUCAUAUGUAUUGUAACUUUCUCAGACUGGAUUUGUUUUAAUUAAUUUUGUCUUAAAAUGGGAGAUUGUUGGUGUAAUCGCUAACUCACUCACAACCCUGGUUCUGGCUGAUUUUGCCGCCUGGAGGAAAAAGAAAGAAACGAACAGAAGAGAGAAACUAUCCUGUAGUCUUAAUUGAUUUAGCAUAAUGACCGAAAACUCUUUAUAUUAAUAUAAAUUAUAUAUUAAAAUAUUUAGCUAUGUUAGCCUGUGCAGCCCACUAGCCUCAUGUGAGAAACUUCAUUUGUCCCAAUGCUUUUUUUGAGGUUUUAAGAAAGCAGUUUGUUUUUUCAUGGACCUAUAGGAAAUGAGUGGUGUCUAUAUGAUAAACAGUCUUAUUUGCACUGAAUCUCAAGGGUUGCCAUGCCACAUAAGGUAGACGUCGGAUACAUCGGUUGGUUGAUUUCACGUCACAUGGUUGUGUCCUUGUUCAUAUUUAUUGCUGUUCAUACCUCCAACAUCCAAGGCACUACUUAGUUUUCAUCUUUUUCUCAUUCUGACUGCUAUCUACAUCCACAUCUGCAGCUCAGAGACAUAACAUAUAACAUGCCAUGUAAUCCUGAAUGCUGCGAAUACUCCGAAAUAGUUUGACCGACGAACAGUGUGAACAGGUAACAGGCUUACACAGGUUCACUCUAACAGUUCAUCCAGUUGGGGAUGUUUGACAUGUCAGUUUGAGCGCGACUGUGCUACAUGUUUUUAUGCUCCCGAUUUUCAUUUUCUCUACUGUCUCAUCAUUUAAAUUCUUUCCACAAUCACAGUAUUACACCGAGUUGGUGUAUUGCAGUAUGUUAUUCUUAUAAAAAAAUGCUAUAAAUUGGAUUAACUUUUCUUUUGAAUGUCUUGACAUGCUCUAUGAUGAAGAUAUUUAUUAUGAAAUCAUAAACAAAUGUUUUCCUUGACUUCUGUUUAUAGAUUCCUUAGAAAUUGUGUAAGGCUGACUGUUUUUGUUCAUCAUGGGUUCUGAUUAUGCAUAAGACACACUAUACUCACAUGUGCAUAAGAGUGUACAGAAGAUAAGAGUUGUCUUUUGUGGCUCCGGAAGUGGAAAAUACUUAAGUAAUUGUGCUUUGUUACAAUACCUAAUUACUAUUUUGGAAGAUUUGUACUGUACUGGAGCACUAUUGAACUUGUAUUUUAGUCAAUUGCAUUUCCGAGAGGGAAAAAAAAGUGAACUACUUUUCAGUCCUUACUUUUUUUUUUUUUUAUGAAGUACUCAAAUCCCAAAAGCCAGGAGUUUUUUUUCCCUCUUACUUGUCAGUCGAGUUCCUGGGCAUUUGAAUAUUAUUAUUAAAGCAUUCAGAUUCAUAUCAUUGCAAAAUGCAA